UUCCUUUUAUAAACCUCCUGAGCAUGCAUGGGCAAAGCAGCUAGCUAGCAGUGGGGAUAGGGUAAGAACACUCUCCAAGGGGAAGUUUUAUUCAAGCUUGAGGAAAGACUGCUGCUACUUUGACUUUGCUGUUUUGCAGGAUGGGUGACUGGGGCUUCCUGGCGAAGUUGCUGGACCAAGUACAGGAACACUCGACAGCCAUCGGGAAGAUCUGGCUGACAGUCCUUUUCAUCUUCCGGAUCCUGGUCCUGGGCCUUGCUGGGGAGUCUGUGUGGGGAGAUGAGCAGUCGGGCUUUGUGUGCAACACCCUGCAACCUGGCUGUACCAAUGUCUGCUAUGACAAGGCCUUCCCCAUUUCUCACAUCCGUUACUGGGUGCUGCAGUUCCUCUUUGUCAGCACGCCCACCUUGGUCUUCUUGGGGCACGUCGUCUAUCUCUCCCGGUGGGAAGUGAAGAUGAAAGAGCAGGAGGCUGAGCUCCAAGCCUUGCAGUCCAAGAAUUACAGUGUGUCGGCUGCCUUGAUGGCCCUGGAGAAGAAGAUGGCCAAGAUCUCUGUGGGGCAGUCUGGGAGGCUUAAAAUCCGCGGGCCUCUGAUGCGGACCUACAUCCUUAGUGUGUUGGCCAAAAGUGUCUUUGAGUUGGGCUUCCUUGUAGGCCAGUGGUUCCUCUAUGGCGUCGUUAUGGAUCCUCGCUACAUCUGUGAGGGGGCCCCAUGCCCAUACCAGGUCGACUGCUUCAUCUCCCGCCCCACUGAGAAAACCAUCUUCAUCCUCUUCAUGGUGGUCAUGGGCUUGAUCUCCCUCGUCCUCAACCUUGUGGAGCUCUCGUACCUCGGCUGCAAGAGCUGCUCCUCCUCCUUGGCUUCUCCGCGGCUCUGUGAUUCCAACAACUUCUCUGCCAAGCUUUGUGAAAUGCCCAUUGGGCCUGAUCUGGACAAGUCCUACUUCUGCUUUCCUAUGGCAGAGAGGCCUUCUCAGCCCUACCAGACCUUCAAAAAACUACCUGGUGAGCAGAACUGGGCCAACUUCAACACGGAAGAAACACUGGCCUUGCGAAAUGGGAAGAAACCCCAUGAUGUGUUUGCCACAAGAGCUCCUGAAGUUCAUCUCUCUCAGGAAAGGCAAUCCACUUGGCCUAGUAGCAAUGGUUCAAAAAAACAAUAUGUCUAGCAACCAAAACAAAAGCCAGUUGUCUUCCCUGAUGGCAGCUGUAGGUUAUCAACCAAGUUCCUUAGCAAUGGGCUGCAUCGCUGUUGCCCCUGAAGGAAAAAGGCAAGAACUCCAUAUUUGUGUUAGGUGCUACCUUUGUUUCCACCAGCUUGUCCUGUUGUAUGGGUGAUAGCCAUGGCAUCUGUGUGGACCUUGACCCUCCUGCAGCUGUUGGCCUACAACUCCCAUAAUCCCUGGCUAUUGGUUACUGUGGCUGGGGCUUAUGGGAGUUGUAGUCCAAAAACAGCUGGGGGCGGGGCUAAGUUGAUCAGACCUAGCCUAGACUGAACCUACCAGUUCAUGGGACAUGGCCUCUUUCAAGCCAACAUAAUGGUUAGUUAAUGGGGGUUUGAUUGUCACCUAGAUAGGGUGUUAUACAUUGAUCUUAUUUUUUUCCUCUUGCAAGGGGUAGGUGGCAGUAACUGACAGAUGUCGGGAAAGGGACAUGUUCUAGCUUGAAACUCUACAGGAGCUGGCCUGGGUUUUGGAAGAGAAUUUGUUAAAUUUGUUUUCUCAGUUGCUCCCAGGGGUGAUGGGCAGUAUUCCUUCUAACAGGAAUUCCCAGGUGUUGUUGGCUACAACUUCCAUAAUCCCCAGCCAAAGGCCACUGCAGCUGGGGAUGCUGGGAGUUGUAGUGAACAACAUCUGGGAAUCCCUGUUAGAGGGAACACGGGUAUCCUUUGGAAGAGGUGGUGUUGAACUAUUCUAGAUAGUGGUGGGAAUUACUUACCACUUCCACAUCAUGGGGCUGAGAUCUCUGGCACAGAAGGUAACACAAACAUUUUGCUUGAUGCCAACAGGAAGGAAAUGUUAGUUUUUCUGCUAAAGCAAAUGACUUCCAUUGGCUUGUAGAGGGGAGAAACACUUCUAUAAGUGGUGGCUUAAUGCAAGGUGCACUCUCUCAAAAAAGAUGACUGUUUCCAGAAACAAUGCGGAGAUGAUGGAAAGGAUAUCUUGUUAAACCUGCCCUGCUAAGAAAUGUGGGUAGCUCUCCAAGUCUAAGCCAUUGUUUCUGGGACCGAGCUGGUGAGCUAUUUGGGCAAAACAAUUGUUCCUAGUGUAUAUUUAAUGAGUGAGCAGGUGGGGUGGGGGAAGCAUAUUGCAAUGUAACUUUCCCCCACAUAGUUUACAAGAAGUUUGAGUAGCUUAAUAUAAAACCACAAACCAAAUAUAGUAACAUAUUGGACUGAAACCAGACUAAUGUCUAAAAUGGAGUUCUUGUUUGAGGAGGCAUCUUGAGGAGUAUCAAGUGUAAUAAAGAUCAAAGUCUGUCUGUC